GGCGGGCGCCGGACCCCCAGGAGGAGCGACAGGUCUCGGGCCCUCAAGCGGAGCGGCGGGCGCCGGACCCCCAGGCGGAGCGACAGGUCUCAGACCCUCAGGCGGAGUGGCGGGCGCCGGACCCCCAGGCGGAACGACAGGUCUCAGGCCCCCAGGCGGGGUGGCGGGCACCGAGUCACCAGGCACAACCCGGGCACCGCGUCAUCUGGAAAGGCAGUGGGCUCCGAGUCAACUGGUAUGACCGCGGGCACUGGGUCAGACAUUGGAUCGUCUGGCUGGACAGCGGGCACUGGGUCACCAGGCAUCAGGUCAUUUGGCUCGACAGCGGGCACCGCGUCAUCUGGCAAGGCAGUGGGCUCCGAGUCAACAGGCACGACAGUGAGCACCAAGUCAUCAGGUACCGGAUUGUCUGGCUCGACAGCGGGCAUCGGGUCACCAGGCAUCAGGUCAUUUGGCUCGACAGCGGGCACCGGAUCA